CCGCGCCGGGUCGCGCUCCUCGUGGAGCCGACGCCCUUCACGCACGUGAGCGGCUACGCGAACCGGUUCAAGGAGCAGCUCAAGUACCUCAAGGAGUUCGGCGACGACGUCGCGAUCGCCGUGCCCGACGACAAGCCCGAGGCGCCCGACUCGUACGACGGCUUCCCCAUCACGACCGUCGACGGCUUCCGCUUCCCGCUCUACGCGCACCUCUGCCUCACGGGCGACAUCCGGGGCCAGGCGAAGCGCAUGGUCGAGCGCUUCAAGCCCGACGUCAUCCACGCGUCGAGCCCCGGCUUCUUCGCGCUCGCGGCCGUGUCCUACGCCAAGGCGCUCGACGUGCCCCUCGUGCUCUCGUACCACACGCACCUCCCGGUCUACGCGGAGAAGUACGCGGGCUGGCUCCCCUUCAGCCGCUUCAGCGCGUGGGCCGCGAUCAAGAUGGCGCACUCGUUCGCAGACCUGACGCUCGUCACGUCGCCGCAGAUCAUGGCCGAGUUCAAGGAGCAGAACAUCAAGCGCGUCGGCGUCUGGCGCAAGGGCAUCGACGCGGACACCUUCAACCCCGACUUCCGCGACGAGGCGACGCGGCGGGUGCUCGCGCCGAACCACGCGGACGAGAAGAUCCUGCUCUACGUGGGCCGCAUCUCCGUCGAGAAGCGCCUCGAGGACGUCGCGGCGACGCUGCGCGCGCGGCCGGACACGGUCUUCGCCGUCGUCGGCGGCGGGCCCCACGAGGCCGCGCUCCGCGACUUCUUCGCGGAGUUCGGCGACCGCGUCCACUUCGUCGGGGUGCUCCGCGGCGACGACCUCUCCAGGGCCUACGCGUCCGCGGACCUCUUCACGAUGCCGUCGGACUCGGAGACGCUGGGCUUCGUCGUCCUCGAGGCCAUGGCGUCGGGCCUGCCCAUCGUCGCGGCGAACGCGGGCGGCAUCCCCUCGAUCGUGACGAACGACCGCAACGGCGUCCUCGUGACCGCGGGCGACACGGCGACCUUCGCCCAGAAGGUCGGCGCGAUCCUCGACGACGCCGACCUCCGGGACCGGCUGACGAGCCGCGGCCGCCGCGACACGGAGAACUGGUCCUGGAAGGCGUCGACGAAGCACCUCCGCAACGUCCACUACACGGCCGCGAUC